GUGGCAUCCUAGCGGAUGUUUAAACCGAUUCCACUUUCCUCCACAUUUUCUUCUCUUUUUGCGGGUAGUUUUUCCGUUUGGGGGCGGAAAACGCAUUCAUGGGUGACAAGAAGAGCAUAACCAGGCUAAAAAGGCAAGCGAAACGUACUUCUGUUGAAGAAUUUUGGGACUGUAGUGUCUGCACCUUUAGGAACAGCGUAGAAACCUUUAAAUGCGGCAUUUGUGAUGUGAGGAAAGGCACUUCCACAAGAAAACCUAAAAUAAACUCCCAGUUGGUUGCACAACAAGUGGCACAGCAAUACAUCAUACCACCACCAGUUAAAAAGGAGAAGAAGGAAAAAGAUGAGAAACAAGACAAAGAAAAACAUGAGACAGAAAAGGAAAUUAGCCCUGGUGUUACAAAGAAGAACUUCAACAAGAAGAAUAAACAAAAGUCAGACAUUCUAAAAGAUCCUUGUAGUGAAUCAAAGCAUGUACAGUUUGAAAAUGCCUCAACAAAGGCCAGUGAGUCAAAUCACAUUUCAAGACCUAGGCUGAAAAAUGUGGAUAGAAGUAGUGCACAACAAUUAGCAGUCACAGUGGGGAAUGUCACCGUUAUUAUCACUGACUAUAAAGAAAAGAUUUGCUCAUCGUCUACGUCAUCAUCUACUGUAACCUCCAGGGCUGGAUCAGAACACCAUAAUCAGAACAGCUACGGAUCAGAGAACACAGACAAGAGUUCAUUCUGUACCUCAACCCCAAAGGGUGUUGAAUCAGCAGUAAAUGAUGACACUUUCUGA